AUGGCGAAGCUGGAUGGCAAAAGCCUUCAACGCAUUGCCAACGCAUUCAGUCGCCUGCGACCAUUUGUGUGUGUGUGUGUCUUUCCAUCUUCAGCGUUGGCCCUCCAGCUACUGUUUCGAUUCGACCCCCUUUCCACACAGUCGACAUCCAUCUUCGUCCGUGAGACAGAUUCUCGCUUGUUAGCUUCUGAAAGGCAUGUGAUGACCGGAUCGAAAUCUCCUGAGUGGCACAGUUACACAGUUUUCACAGUUUCCACAGUUGCACAGUCUCCACAGUUGCACAGUUUCCGCAGUUUCCACAGUUUCCACAGUUGCACAGUUUUCAGCCCCUAUACGGUGCAACUGGGAGUUUAUGGUUUUUGUGGACCUCGAAUGGAAACAAUAGUCUCAGAGCUGUUCAAUGAUGCUGCUGACGUUGUUGCUGCUGAUGCUGAUGAUGAUGAAGAGUGUGAUGAUUAUUAUAUGCAAAUUUCAUUCUACGCCCCUGAACAUCAACACACUUUCCUCCUCUGCCCUGCUUCUAAUUUUUUCUUCAUCUACCACUGCCAACUGUUCAAAAUCUCAUAA